CCCUCCCUCUUCACUUCUCCCACGCCGGUGACAGCAACAUUAUCACCACAGACCCUGUCCGACAGACAGCGCCCGCCAUGACCGACUCACCGUACCAGCGCAUUCCGCUGGACCCCAAAGAACAGCCCAUCCUCGAUCGCGUGCUCAUCAUUCGCGACCAUUUGUCGCUGAUGAAGAGCGACCGCUCGACAUACGUCAAGUCGGUCGAUGUCCAGAAAUACUACGACCAGCUCAUCGAACAAGUUGAGCUGCUCAAUCGCAUACGCCAGGACCAGGACAAGCGCCGAGAUCUGAACCGAGUGGACACCGUCUUGGAUGACUGUUUCCGCCUCAUAUCGCUCUUCUUCCUGACCAUAGGUCGCAAUCGCGAGGCUCCAGCCAUCUAUUCUUGCGUAAGUACCGUGGAUCGUCUGUUGAACCACCUCAGGGAGGCCGGCUUUUAUCUAGCGUACGACUUGAAAAGUAUAGAUGAGCAUUUGAAUAAGUGGGAGCAGACGAUUAAGAAGGGCAGGGAGGAGCAUGGACACUCGGAGCAUAUCCUAACGCUUUUGUCUGCGAGGAUUGAGGUGUGUAAGAAGACUUUGGAAGAAUUGAAGGUGCCGUUGUCGCAGUUGGAGGGGGAAAUGAUGGCAACGUAUGAGAAGUUGGUGAGCAUCUUGCGGAGCUUGAGUGCGUGUAACUCGAGGUCGAGAUUCCCGGAGAAGGAGGUCAAGGACUUUGAGAAUCAAUUGAUGGAAAUUCAACACCAGCUUCAUGCUGAGCGCGACCCGCAUGAGGGCAAAACAGCGCAGGAGGUGUAUGCCGAGAGAUUGCGACUGAUCCAGGAAUGCCCAACCGGCGUCAAGGACUCUGAGACUACCGUCAAGAGCCUGCUUGCUCGGUGCCUGUUGUGGGUUGAGAUCAUUCAAGAAAAGAGAGGCAGCAUCGAUCCCAACUUCAAGGAAACUUUCGACAAGUUGCUCAAGAUCAAGAAUGCGCUCGAGCACAUGAUGCUUACCCAGGCCUGGUCCCUGCGUGAGACUGAUCUCUAUGAUUAUCAACGACAGCUGGACCGAAUCGAUGAGAGCAGGAUUAACGGCAACUUCGUUGACGGCAAUGGAAACGCGGCUGACCUUCACGCGCAACGAUCAUUGCUUUACCUCCUGCGGAAGUCCUACGCUUUCAUCUACCAGUACAUCAUCACUUCAGAGCCUGUCUCAGAAGCCCUUCUGCCAAUAUACAACCAGCUACAGACUCUCAAGCGCUGCCUCAUCGAGGUCCAGAAGGCUGGUGGCGUCGACUCUCCGCGCGAGCUGUAUCCGUAUAGCAUGAAACUGAACAGCAUCGACAACAUGAAGAAGGAUGGCAAGUUCAUGAUUGGUAACGAUAUCCCUGAAGGCCAGGGCUCCGUGUCCGCUUUGCUCGCAGAGUGCUUCGAUCUGGCAUAUGAGCUGCGAAACGAAGCAGACGAGAGGAACGAACAUCCUGCCCAGGAGGAGAUCAACGGCGUUGGUCAUCGGACGCAAAAGGACGUCAACCCUGCUGACCAUCUGGACGAGCACAAGAUGAACGAGAGUGGGCCCGGGCUGGGACUGGAGAGAAUCACGACGCGCGAAGGCUAGAAUCCUUGCAAGUCCUUGGGCUCCCAGAGUGCAUUGGAUGAGGCGUGCUAUCGAAAUCAGUUGUGCAAGACUGACUCUGCGGAGAGCUGCGCAAGUGGCGCACUGCAGAUGAAGCUCAAUGAGUAACGAUGGAGCUCAAGUAGCAGAGGUGGCACGGGUGUCCGGAACGGAAUCACCAGUCGCGAGGUGCUAUGAAGUGUUCUAUGGGCGUUUCCAACGAAGAGGUUGCUUUUAUGGAAAUGAUUGAGACGUGUGCAAGACGGAAGACGGGCGUGUGAAUACGUUUUCGCAAUUUCUUUUGCCCUUGGGAAUAGCGGCGGCAGUCUCCUCCGCAUUCAUACGGCAUGGACACAACUCGAAAGCAUACAGAAUGGUCUGCGCAGUCGCAGCUAGCUCAGAUGAAAUGAUGAGUCUCUU